CGAGAGGCGAGCUGCCUCAGCUGUCUGCAGUCGGGCUGCGUAUACCUGCCUCUUCCUUCUUUCAGCAUUUUUAUUGCUUCUGAAAUUUUGCUUGGAAUUCACCUGUGCUGCUCUCGUCUGGUGUAAACACUUGCUGAACGGAUUCAUUCUGGCAAAUGACGUGGCCUCCACCACAACAGCAACCCCAUCAAGAUGUCCCUUAAGGUACAAACUAGCAACAUCACGAACAAGAACGACCCCAAGUCCAUCAACUCCCGCGUUUUCAUCGGGAACCUCAACACGGCGGUAGUGAAGAAGUCCGAUGUGGAAACCAUCUUCUCCAAGUACGGGCGCGUGCUGGGCUGCUCCGUGCACAAGGGCUAUGCCUUCAUCCAGUACGCAGGCGAGAGGCACGCCAGGGGGGCCGUGCUGGGAGAGAGUGGCCGCGUGCUCGCUGGGCAGACACUGGAUAUCAACAUGGCUGGAGAGCCCAGACCCAACAGACCCAAAGGGCUGAAGCGCUCAGCAUCAGCGCUGUACAGUGGUUAUGACUUUGACUAUGAUUACUACAGAGAUGACUUCUAUGACAGGCUGUUCGAAUACCGCGGUCGCGUGUCACCUGCCCCCAGAGUGGUUCCAGUGAAGCGCUCCCGUGUGGCUGUGCCGUUAGUGCGCAGAGUGAAGUCACUUCCUGUCAAACUAAUCACCCGAUCGGCUGCCAUCACAAACAACGCUGCAAAACAGAAAUUGAAAUCCAAUGAACUUCAAACAAUUAAAUCAGAGCUCACCCAGAUCAAAUCCAACAUCGACGCUCUGCUGGGCAGGCUGGAGCAGAUCACAGAGGAGGAAUACUCAGUGACAGAAAUCAGGAAGACAGAGGAGAGUAAGAGCGAAGACUCGCAGGACGACUCGGCCUCUGAAACAGAAGAGCUGACAGAGGAGCCUCUGAACGGGGACGAGCGGGAUGAGUGUGAGGAGGACAUGAAUAGUGCUGGUGCUUUGUUGGACUCCCCAGCCCGAGGCUCCAGGGACUCAUCUUCGCUGACCAUCUUUAAACUAAGAAUGUGGAAAAUGUUAUAUGGAAAACAAUCACCUCUCAGAAAUGGAAGCGAUUCUACAGUAAAAGCGGGGAGUAGGAAGAGACUGUCAGCUGGAAACAAAAUGUUUUAGUACCACGGGCAUCUGAGCGAGAAAGGGGAACCGAGGGGUGCCAUCAAGUUUAACAACUUCAACGCAGGGAGACACGACAGCUUGAAACGAAUCCUCUUGACUUCCCUGCCGUCUAAAACAAACAAACAAACUUGAGUUCAGCUCUCCACAAGUUUGGGAAUAGGACUAAGUGACAAUUAACUUUUGGAUUCAAAUAUUACUUUGAAAAGAAAAACAAAUAAGUUUCUGGAUUACUGCUAAGCACUCUCAUAAAAGGACUGAUAUUUUAUGACUGCUGCUAAAUCUGUGUUCCCCUCCCUCUCACCCCGCCAUUGUCUGCUGUUUUUAUUUAUAUAUACUGAUCUUGUAUAGAUAAAUGGUAUGUUAUUUUUAAUUACUUGUGUAUAUUUUCUGCUUGCACUUUCAAGACUGCAAGAAAUCUUUAAAGACAAUGUAAAUAAACAAUACUGAACUUGUGGAGCUGUGUAAUAGAAACCAUGUGAGUUUUUAGGUGGUGUGUGCUUUCUACAUUACAACAGGCUUUCUCCUCCCUUCUUUUUUUUAUUCCUCUUGGAAAUAUAUUUGAAUUAGACCCAACUGCUGUUUUCCCAUCAUGAACUGGGAAAGCACCAAGGAGACCGAGUCACAAACAAGAACUCACUUCCACAACCCUACGCUAGCAGAGUUCACGUCAGCGGGUUAAGCACUCUCCACUGAAGUCACCGUCACUGCUCUAUGAACCAGCCACUGCAUCAAGCCCGACCUGCAGGAAAUCACGUGACUCACGCUAAUUCGCUGCAUUUGUUGUAGAAUCAAUCCGUGUUCAUGCAGUUGCUUGUGUUUCGAGUGGAAACAAUACCUGGUGUUACUCCUUCCUUGACACAGCAGUACCCUCUGACCAACACCCUCCCCUCCCCACCCUGCUUCAGUGCUGGAGUGAACAUGAAUCUCCGUUUCUCUGUACACCCAAUGACCUGCAGCGCACACAGAGAACGCACUAUGUGGCAAUAUACUCUGUUUUACAAUUGUUGACCUCAGGGCUCAGUGGAGGCUAUUUGGGUAUGUUUCUUGUUUCAAAAAAGAGCCGUGUCCCAGUUAAAUAAAUGAUUAUUUCCCAGAAACAGCUGGAAAGUACUGUACUUGUCUGCACCGCAACCCCCACCCCCCCGGCUCCUCUGUUUAGUAUCUUCACUGCGAUUCUGACAUUGCUAAAAAAAACAAGACUGUGCAUAAAGGCAUCUGUUUAUUAAAAUGUCACAGGCACUUGGGACCUCUGCUAGCAACACAGUAUGCGUUUGGGUUAGUGGUUAGUGGGGGGGUGUUCAGUUCUUGAAUAAAACAGCUGCCUGUGUUCCUCAAUCUCUGCACAGAAUUGGGAAUUGGUCUCUCCAGAUAUCUAGCCAACCUGUUUAUUGUUCGGUUUUCUAAAGCAACACUGCGCCCCACUGCAUGCCCAGUGACGGUAGAGUCCUCACUAGAAUAGCUGCAUUGAGUUUUUCCGAUUCAGUUCUUUUUAUUUUCAGACAAUAUUCCUGUACCAAUGUCAUUUCUUUCCCUUCACAUGCGUGUCGGAGUUCCUAUUGUUGGGUUGGUCUCUCCCCGAUGAUUAUGUCGAACAGAAGCUGCUAAUCAUUCUGUGUCUCUUGCUGUAUUGACCAGGUCUGCAUGUCUCUUGCUGUAUUGACCAGGUCUGCAUUCUCCCCUUCAAAAACACAGCACACAGAUAAACAAAUAAAUAAUGACAUGUCAGCUUUGUAAGCUAUUGGAAAGCAUUGGUAAAUAACUAACAUGGACAAACAGUACUUAUUAGAAAAUGUUUUGUGUGUGUGUUUGUACUUAUUCCAGCUGUUGAAGUCGAUUUAUGCUCCCUUCUUGUUCUGAAUCCCAAAUAUUCACUUGUCCAGAUCAGACUGCUACAUGCCCAAACUGUGUUAAACCCCAAAUCACCUGCCUGCUUAAAUGCUUGUACUCUUUUAAAAAAAUUCAACAUUUAUUUAUGGUAGCUGUCUGGAUUUUGUUGCUGUGAAAAACGUGCCUGGACUAACUGUGCAAAGUGCCAAGUGUAAAACCUCACGUAAAAUCUGACAAGUACAGUUUUAAAGUUCUACUGCACCCCUAAAAGGAGGUUCAGAUAUUAAUGGAAUUUAGAAAAACGGCAGAUGUUAUCAGUUAACUCACAUGAUCCUAAAAUACCGGCUAACAAAAGCACACAGGGGUCUGGUUUUCAGUUGUUCCCCAUGUUGGGGUUUCAUGAGACAAUGGAUGCAAAUAGCUAGAUAUGCAAGCAUGCCAUCCCUGCAAACCUCCGCAAUACUGGGAACAUGCAUCCCCCCCACAGGAGGCAUGAAGAGUACAGAAGAACGACAUGAACCUUGCUUAGUUUAUCAGGAUUUGGGUCCAGUUACAUAAGAGUGCAUUAGACUAGUCUAUACACCUAGACCGGUCUUAAUCUAGUCACUUAAACUAGUCUACUACAAGUUAGCCAGUCAAACACAAAACGUCAGACUGAUUAAUUGUAGGCCUAAAUGUUAAGCCUCCUCUCCCCCACACUAACUCCCAGUCUUAGUCUGUGUUACCAUACCAAGGUGGAAUGGCUAUUAAGAAGGUUGGUAAGGUGAGGUUAAAGGCACAGCUCUAAUUAUACAUUGCCACAAAGGUAUGCAAGUCUGUCAAUGCACAGAGUGGACCCAUACUGGGUUUACUGCCACUGACACACAAUCACUACCAAACCAUUUCUGCAGUGAAUGAGACAGACAUGAUCCCUUUCGAUACGACGCAAUGACAAGUCUCGUGCCGUUUUAUAUAUUUCCAAAGCCCAAGCCCUGCACUUCAGCACCUGAUUUCAGCUCUCAGAUUUGUUGAUUUUAGUUUUAUAGGUUUUUAACAGCUCAUCGCAUAACGUAGCCACAUUCUAGCAACUCCGCAGUGCAAAGCUGCUGGCACAGUCUACAAGCACACAACGGUACGCUGCUUUUAAAAGGUGAGCAUUAUAUUUGCGAUGUCUCUGGUUAAAAGCUGCUGGUUUGGUUGCUCUGAAGUGACAGAGCAGGACGUUCAGAGACCCGUAACAUGUUAACUGUGUGAUUCCCUUCACCGUCAGUCUUGCAACUCACAGUUCAAACAGCUAUUGACAAAUAAAAAAUAAAAUACAAUUGUUAUUUCUGACAGAUUUUUGAUUAUUGUAAGCUGGUCAGCUUUGCUCACAUCAACAGCCUUUGCUGUUGUCUCCAGGAAAGAGUAGUGCCCUAGCAAUUAUGAAGGUUCAAUUCCAUGAAAGAAAAACAAACUGUAGUACAAUUUAUCACCAACCCCCGCUGUCCUCACUCGAAGCCCCUAAUAAUUGUGGAUCACAAUCAAUCCACUGCUUGUGUGGAAGUCACCAGGCUGUACCAGAAUUAGAACAGUGCAUUUAUACACACAUACCCCCCUCCCCACUCGGUUCCUUCUGACAUCUGUAGAAACCUUUAACAAGCACUUUGCAAGCCCAGAAUGUUUUUUUUUUUUUUUUUUUUUUUUUUUUUUUUUUAUCAUUGUUUUAUUAGGGGUAAUAGGCAAGUAGAAAAAAUGAAUGCUCGUGUUGAUAAUUCAAGUUCACGAUGUUACCCCAUUAAAAAAAAUAA